AUGGCGCGGCCAGACGUCGCAAGCAGAGCGGCGGGCGGCGGGAGGUGGCGCGGAAGGUUGGCAGCGUUGGCGUAUCUCGCCGCAUUCGCGCUCGCUAUCGGGGUGAACUUGAACCCUCUGUACCGCUCCAAACCGCAGCAAAUGGCACACGACCCUCUUCUUUCUGUUUCGGAUUCUGCUGCUGAUGCUGAUGCUGCUGAUGCUGAUGCUGGUGCUGGUGCCUCCCAUUCUCCUCCGCCUUCCCUGCCCCUUCCUCCCCCCUUUUCCCCUCCGCUUCCUCCCCCUUUCUCCCCUCCGCCUCCUUCCCCUCCCGACUUUCCUCCGCCUGUUCCUCUCCUCUCUCCUCCUCCUUCUGUUUCCCCUCCCCCUCCUUCUCCUCCCCUUUCUCCCCCUCCUUCUGUUUCCCCUCCGCCUCCUUCUCCUCUUGUUUCUCCUCCUCCUCUGAAAGAAGAGACAGCAGCAGCAGCAGCAGCAGCAGCAGCACAAGCAGCAUCACAAGAACCAGCAGCACCAGCGCUCGUGACAGGUGCCCCUCCCGCGCCAGUCGUUUCGGCUGCUGACGCGGCAGCGGACGCGGAGGAAGGGCAGGAGAGUCUGCAAGUGGGGCUGACUAUAGUGAAUACAUCUACUGAUCCUGGUGCAGUCUGCCUGGACGGCUCCCCUCCAGCCUUCAACUGGCAUCCUGGGAGGGGAACCGGGAGGAACAAGUGGAUCCUCUAUCUCGAGGGCGGCGCGUGGUGCAUGGACGCAGCGCACUGCAUCGACCGCAGCUUCUCCAACUUUGGAUCCUCCACAAAAAUGGGUGACUGGCGGCUGCAAGGGCUGCUCUCCUCCAGCCGCACAACCAAUCCCGACUUCUUCAACUGGAACCUCGUCUACAUCCGCUACUGUGAUGGAGCUUCCUUCGUUGGCAACGUUGACGAGCCGAUAAAGGAUCAUCUUUUACCAACGACUGGUGAUAGGCCAUCCCCUGCACCCGCCUCUGCCUCCUCACCCCCAUCGCCCCACACACAGGAGGGCAAGCCGCAGAUCUACAUGAGGGGUCGCCGCGUGUUCAAUUCUAUCCUCUCCCACCUGCUAGCCCACCUCGGCAUGCGCUCAGCCUCUUGUGUUGCCCUUACCCCCCUCUGUCCCUUCACCCUCACAGGAGGGCAAGCCGCAAAUUUACAUGCGAGGGAUGUGGGCGGCAGCAGGCACUUCCUGAGGGACACCAUGCUCCGUCCAGUCACUGCAUUCCAUAACGUCACACUGAAUCCCCGAUGCCUCGCAUCUGGUCCACCCAACGACAGCUGGCAGUGCUUCUUCCCAGAGCAUUUCCUCCCCUUCCUCCACACGCCCUUCUUCAUUCUCAACUCGCUCUAUGACUCCUGGCAGAUCGCCCACUCUUAUGCAUCUUACACACUCUUCCUAGAGGAGGCGUGGCAUGCGUGCCACAUGUCCCUGCAGGGAUGCGAUAAGGAGAAACUCGAUAAGAUCCAUGCCUAUCGGGAUGAGAUGGUGGCCCAGGUGUCGCCCCUCCUCUCGUCCAAUCACAGCGCGGCACUUGUCCGGCGGCGACUAGCUGGAGCAUCGAGCGGAACAGCAGUGAACGGAGCGUACCUCAUCUCUUGCCGAGCACACUGCAUGGCCAUGACUCCCAUGUGGCAUGGCAGCACUGCACCAAGAAUACACAACAAGACCAUGGCAGAGGCAGUGGGAGACUGGUUCUUUGACAGGCAGAGUGUCGCCCUUAUUGACUGUAAACACCCCUGUAAUCCCACCUGCACAUGA